ACUGCCUCAAAUCCCUUGCCGAGAACACGCCGAUGCGCAGAUUACGACUUGUCUCAUGAUAUGAGGCGCCAGCAUCCCCCCCCCCGCGCACCUCUCGCUUUGACUCCCCUCCCUCCGCACCUCUCCCCAGCCGUCCCACCUCUUUCGACUACUACUACUACUACUACUACUACAACAGCAUCAGCACUCCUCCCUCUCCCGCACACAGGCAGGGGCGCGCGUCUCCUUAGGCAACAGGAUGCGAGCGUUUAGCAUCCCGAGCAGAGAGGCUAACAAGGUGUGCUUCCCCUCUCUCCAGGGUUUGGAUAUGUGAGGGGGGCUGGAUGGGUCCGGGAAUUUGGACUUUUUUUAAGCAGAGAAGCAAAAAUGUAAUGAUUUGGAGGGCCUCCUUGUUGCAGCCAGGAAAUGUGGACUGCACCGUAUGGAAAAGUCACUCUUGGACCAUGUGACACUGCAUCACCGGCAUCCAGAGAGCACCUGACACAGUGACAUGCUUUUUGUAGCCACCCCACCCAAGAGCUUUUGUUCUCCAAAGUUCCCGGCGAAACGUUCGAUUCAACCCGACCAACAUCCAACUGCCAUGGAUCGCCUGUGUCCGGCGGAAGGCGGAAGCCGGACACGGGCCCUCGUCGUCAGACUGUAGCCCCCCACCAUUCCCCAUCCGCCUCAUUUGUGUUCAGCUCACACCCAGUGAUUUUUCAUCUUGGAAUUAUCACCUCCUCGGACCCCGCCCGGGAUGGAUGUAUCCGAGGCCGGCAAGCAUGGCAAGAAGUCAGCAGGUCAAAAGCUGGAGGACCAGAAAAAGAUUUACACAGACUGGGCCAAUCACUACCUGGCUAAGUCGGGCUGUCAGCGGCUCAUCAAGGACCUGAGCCAGGACGUCACUGAUGGAGUCCUACUGGCGCAGAUCAUCCAAAUAAUAGCCAAUGAGAAGGUGGAGGCUAUCAAUGGCAGCCCCCGGAGUCAGACCCAAAUGAUUGAGAAUGUGGACGCUUGCCUGAGUUUUCUGGAUGCCAGAGGAGUGAAUGUGCAAGGGCUCUCUGCGGAAGAGAUCAGAAAUGGCAACCUGAAAAGCAUCCUGGGCCUCUUCUUCAUCCUUUCCCGCUACAAACAGCAGCAGCAGCAACAGCAGCAGUACUACCAGUCGCUGGUGGAGCUUAGCCAGCAGACCGGCAGCAGCGCAUCUGCCAACAAGUCGCAAGAGAUGCAGUCCAGUCUCACAGCACGAUAUGCAAGUCCUCCGGGCCAUACUGGAAUCGGGUCGCCACAGAAGAAAAACACAAGGUUACCGGGACCCUCUCGAGUACCCGCUGCAGGCAGCGGGGCCUCCAGGAGUCCGGGCUCAUCCAAUCUGAACCGCCGCAGCCAGAGCUUCAACAGCAUCGACAAGAGCAAACCGCUCCAAUACGCCAGCGGCAACGACCGAGAGGCAAUCAGGGGCAUCCCGGUAGCUGGCGGCAUGAACGGAAGUGGACUAGGUGGGACUGUUCCUGCCAGCCUAAGCGGGCAGCAGCCGGCCUCUGCCAUUCCCUCCGCCGCCGCCAGCAAGUCCUGGCGGAGCAAGUCCAUGAACCUCAAGCACAGCGCCACUUCCUCCAUGUUGGCCAGCUCCGCGAACGCAGCGUCCACGACCCCGUCACCGCAGAUCCAAGAAGGCAUCCAUCCGCACGUCACCGAUGGCGCCAAAGUCAGCGGUGCGCCCCACAGGUCCAUGCUGGAGAAGUUCCGGAUGAUUAACCCUCGCUCGGCUUCUCGGGUGUCGCCGUCCAUGGCUGAGAUGGCUCUUCAGGAAGAGGACGACAUGUCGGAGUACGGCGAAGAUGCACUUACGCCCACGGGCUCGGUAUGCAGCAGCGGCGGUAGCAGCGCUACGGCCAAACAGAUCCCCUCCAAGACCUCCGCGUCCUCCCUGAGUGCCACGAGCAAGACCCCGUCUUCCUCCUCCUAUUCCAAGGCUUCCGCAAACGCCAGCAGGUCCACGUCCAAAGACAAGGAGGACAAAAGCAAGUCUGCGAGCAAGCAAGUCUGCGUCCCAUCCAAAGAGGAGCGGGACCCGUUUGCCGACUCGGCAAAGAAGUCGUCCAAAAUCGCCAGCCUUGUGCCCAAGGGAACAAAACAAGCAAAGCAAUCCGCCGGCGCGUCCUCCUCGGGUUCCAGUGGAAUCCCCAAACCAGGACUUAAAACUCCCUCCGCAAGCGUGACAAAACCCCAGGGUCAGUCCCAAAGCCAGACGGGCCUAAACAGCAGUGCCAACCUGCGCGGAGGAGAGGCGGAGAGAACCAAGCUCGUAAAAGGUGGACAAGGCGGGAGUUUCUACACGCAGAGAUCCAUUGGGGGUCCGGAGGGCAAACGAAGCAGCAUGACCUCUUCCACCAGCACGUCGGCCCUGUCGGCAUCCAGCGGGGUCCUGGCAGGGGGCGGGGGAGCGCUUGGAGGGAAUGGAGUCGUUCAACUCCCGCAGCAGCAACAGCACAACCACCCCAACACGGCAACCGUGGCGCCCUUCAUGUACAGGACGUUCUCAGAGAAUGAUUGCACCAUGGUGGCCCCAGCCGACCCUUGCCUCAGCCCCACCAAGGGGGAGUUGGUCUACAGCAAGACAGCCAAACAGUGCCUGGAGGAGAUAUCAGGAGAGGACCCGGAGACGAGACGAAUGAGGACGGUCAAGAACAUUGCUGACCUGCGGCAGAACCUGGAAGAGACCAUGUCCAGUCUACGGGGCACGCAGAUAAGCCACAGCACACUGGAGACCACCUUCGACACAACCGUGACCACAGAAGUCAACGGGCGGAGUCUCCCCGCCCUCGCCACUCGCUCCUCCCCCAUGGCCUGGCGGCUCGGCCAAUCGCAAACCCCGCGUCUCCAGGCGGGCGAAGCCCCCUCCAUGCCCGGCGGCUACCCUGCGCCCAGGGCCGGCGCGGCGGGCGGCAGUGCCGCCGCCGCCAAUGCAGCCGGGCGCUAUGGCAACCACCCUGACCCCUCCAGGUUUGUGUACAGCGCCCCCCUGAGGCGAUCGGCAGGGGGGCGGGGGCCAGAGCAGGGUGAGAGGGGAGGAGGAGGAGGAGGAGGGCUGGAAGGAGGGAAGCAGAUGGAAGUGGCGGGGUACAUGAGUGAUGGGGACGUCCUGGGAAAGAACGGACGGAUGGAUGAGAUCACCAGCGGAUAUCUCACAGACGGAGGUCUGCAUUUGUAUGCGCGCAACGCGGGCCGAACAGCCGACGCGGCUUCUUCUCGAGAAAUCUCGCACAGAGGAAGCAAAGAGAUCCAAGGGGACGUUGACAGCUGGGACGACAGCAGCUCGGUGAGCAGCGGCCUGAGCGACACCCUGGACAACAUCAGCACCGACGAUCUGAACACGCCCGCCUACUCGGCUGUCGGCUCGUCACGCAAAAGCAAGGGCGCCCAGAGAGCCAGUAAGUCCAAGCAUGCCGAUCAGGAGGUGAGCAGCAGCUGGGUGGGAGCUGAGGACCUGAAGAAGGUGGACGAGGAACUCAACGCCAGCAUGGAUCCCGGCGCCAGCUCCUCCCGCUGGAAACCUUCCUCGUCAUCCUCGUCGUCUUCCCAAACCCAGGGCCAGUACGAUGACGCGGGUCAGAAGGUGACGGCGUUGGCACAGAUAUCCCAGACCGGCUCACUGAGAAGGGGGAUGACGGCCCAGGUUGGCAUCACGCCCCCCAGGACGAAAAGUACAUCGGGGUCACACAAAUCAGCAGGCAAGACCGACGAUGCCAAGGCUUCGGAGAAAGGCAAGGUGCCCUCCAAGGGUUCUUCUGGCAUCCAACGCUCCCCCUCUGACGCUGGUAAGAGCAGCGGAGAUGAAGGCAAGAAACCCCCGUCUGGAAUUGGACGCCCACCUACCACAGGUUCUUUUGGAUUCAAGAAGAUCCCUGGUCCUAGUGGGACCCUAAUCACUUCCAGUGGCGCCAUGCUUGCUAGUGGCUCAGCCACCCUGGGCAAAGCACCCAAAUCAUCAGCCGCCCUCGGUAAAGGCACAGGCAUCAGUGGUGUGCGUAAGACCAGCCUGGAUGGCUCCCAGCCUCAGGACGACGGCAUCCUGCUCAGUUGCGGCGGCUCGAAAGUGUCCCUCCAGUACCGCUCUCUGCCCAGACCGGCCAAAUCGUCCAGCGGGGUGACUUCGGGGCGCGGCGGGCACCGUUCCAGUUCCAGCAGCAUUGACUCCAACGUCAGCGGCAAGUCCGCCGGCGGAGCGGCGGCAAACCAGGCCGGAGCCAAGCGAAGGGAUUCCGGGAAGAUCGGCUCGGACCGUUCCAGUCCCGUCAACGUGAUCCAGACGGACAAGGACAAAGUGACGGUGACGGAGCCGGAUCCGGGAUUGUCCACUUCUCCCAAGUCCAGCCCCACAUCCACAUCGACGGGCCAGACAGGCCUCAGGCAGCCGGGCUCCAAGUACCCUGACAUUGCCUCCCCAACCUUCCGCAGAUUGUUUGGCACCAAAGCCAGCAGCAAGGCCAGCUCCCCGGGCACGCCCGACUCUGGCAAAUGCCCCUCAAUCCUGGGCAGCCCGCACGGUACUCUGGCGAGGCAGCCCAGUCUGGACUCGCCCUCCUCCGGCACAGGGAGUCUGGGCAGCGCCGGCGGCCUGAGCGGCGGCAGCAGCCCAUUGUACGGCAAAGGCCCGGACCUCCUGUGCAGCGACUCCCCGGCCUCCAGCCCGGCCUCUGGCCUCUCGUUGCCUUCCAACGCUCGGCCGUGGCCUGCCUGUGGCUCAUCCGCCGGCAGCAAGGACACGCUGAGCUGCCAAAGCAUGAGCAGUCUGCACACGAGUUCCGAGUCCAUUGAUCUGCCUCUAGGCCACCACGGGCCCAAGGUUACGAGAACCGGCAGUGUCAAGUCCACCCUGUCCGAGGGCAUGCCUCUUGACAGAAACACGCUUCCCAAAAAGCGACUGAGGUACCCGCCGUCGUCCAGGCAGACAUCUCACGAAGACGGAAUGGAGUGGCUCCGGUCGCACUCAACGGGGGGGCUUCAGGACUCGGGUAGCCAGUCCCCGAUGUCUCCACCUGGAGCAUCCUGUCUCACUACUGGAAAAUACCAUUUCUCCAACCUUUUGAGCCCGACUCACAUCAGCCAGUGCAACCUGCCACCAGGCAGCAACAGCAUGAGCCGCUCCAACAGCAUCCCCGCCCAGGACUCCUUCGACCUGUACGGCGAGGGGCACCCACUGGGCGGCAGCGCCACCUCCUUGGAGGACCGGCCACGUGCCAUCAGCCGCUCGGGCUCCUUCAGGGACAGCACCGAUGAAGUCCACGGCUCUUCUUUGUCACUGGUGUCCAGCACAUCUUCGCUAUACUCCGCAACAGAGGAGAAGGCACAUUCGGAGGGCCAAACAGUUCAAAAUUCCACGCAAAUCAGGAAACUGCGUCGGGAGUUGGACGCGUCCCAAGAGAAGGUCGCGACCCUGACGUCCCAACUGGCUGCCAAUUCUCACCUGGUGGCCGCAUUUGAGAAAAGCCUGAGUAACAUGACGUGUCGCCUGCAGAGUCUCACCAUGACGGCCGAGCAGAAGGAGACCGAGUUGGUCGAGCUGAGGGAAACAAUCGAGUCACUGAAGACCCAGAACACCGACGCCCAGACGGCCAUACAGGUGGCGCUAAAUGGCCCGGAUCACUUCCAUAAAGACCUGCGUAUCAGACGGCAGCACUCAUCCGAAAGCAUGUCAAGCAUCAACAGCGCGGCCAGCCACUCCAGCAUGGGCAGCAUGGGCAAGGAUGCCGAGGACAAGAACAAGAAGAAGAAGAAGAACUGGGUGGCUGAUUCCAUCCCAGCUCAGCUCCGCAGCUCAUUCAAGCACGCCUUCAGCAAGAAGAAGACCAAGUCGCAGUCGGCCCACGACGAGGCGGAGGAGAUGAGCGACUCGCUGCCGUCCUCCCCCAAACUGCAGCACGACAACCGGCAGGGCAGCGUGGUCACGCUGCGCUCGUCGCCCUCAGCCACCGACAAGUGCCUAUGCGAUAGCGAGUCCUCCUCCGUUUGGAUGCCAAAGAAAAAGCUAAACGGUCACGUGGUCUACAAGCACCGAUCCCGGCUGUGUGAGUGCACCGAAGCCGAGGCCGAGAUCAUCCUGCAGCUCAAGAACGAGCUGAGGGAGAAAGAGCUCAAGCUGACCGACAUCCGGCUGGAGGCGCUGAGUUCGGCCCACCACCUGGACCAGAUCAGGGAAGCCAUGAAUCGCAUGCAGAAUGAGAUCGAGACGUUAAAAGCGGAAAACGACCGGCUCAAGUCCAGCGGCAGCGCCACGCCGACGGCCACUCCUGCCAAGACGGCCCGACCGCCCUCUGAGACCUCCAGCACGUCCUCGUCUUCCUCACGCCAGUCCCUGGGCCUCUCUCUCAACAACCUCAACAUCACCGACACCAUCAUGUCAGAUAUUCUUCUCGACGACAGCUACGAGGGUAACCUGCGCAAAGAAGGCUGCAGCGUGCGGAUCGUGGUCAGCAUCAGCAGCGGGCCGAGUACGACCAAGGGAACGCAAAUGCAGGAGUACCUGAUUGGCUCCAUCGGUGUGAGUGGGAAAACCAAGUGGGACGUCCUGGAUGGGGUGAUCAGACGCCUCUUCAAGGAGUACGUAUUUCGGGUGGACCCGGUGACCAGUCUGGGCCUCAGCUCGGACAGCAUCGUCUGCUACAGGAUGGGCGAGGUGGUCCGUGCCCACUCCUCCGAAGUGCCUGAGCUGCUGCCCUGCGGCUACCUGGUGGGCGAAAGCAACGUCAUCAAGGUCAACCUCAAAGGCGUCAAGGACAGCAGCAUCGACAGCCUGGUGUUCGACACCCUCAUCCCUAAGCCCAUCAUCCAGCGGUACCUCAACCUGCUGAUGGAGCACCGUCGCAUCAUCCUCUCGGGCCCCAGCGGCACCGGAAAAUCCUUCCUGGCCGCCAAGCUGGCCGAGUUCAUCAUUUCCCAAAUGGGCCAGGAGGUGACCGAGCACAACGUGGCCAGCUUCAACGUGGACCAGAAUUCCAGCAAGGACCUGCGUCACUAUCUGUCCAACCUCGCGGAGCGCUGUAAUUCCGAGGGCACAGACACCAAGCUCCCCACUGUGGUCAUUCUGGACAACCUCCACCAUAUUAGUUCCCUCAGCGACAUCUUCAACGGCUUCCUCAACUGCAAGUACCACAAAUGCCCGUAUGUCAUCGGGACCAUGAACCAGGGAGUGUCCUCCUCCCCCAACCUCGAACUGCAUCACAACUUCAGGUGGGUGUUGUGCACCAACCACACGGAGCCCGUCAAGGGCUUCCUGGGCCGCUUCCUGCGACGGAAGCUGAUUGAAACGGAGAUCCAUAAAAACGUGCGUAGCAACGACCUCAUUAAGAUCAUCGACUGGAUUCCCAAGACGUGGCAGCACCUCAAUGGCUUCCUGGAGGCCCACAGCUCCUCCGAUGUCACGAUAGGCCCCCGUCUCUUCCUGUCCUGUCCCAUGGAUAAGGAGGGGUCGCGGGUGUGGUUCACCGACCUUUGGAACUAUUCCCUGGUCCCCUACCUGCUGGAAGCUGUCCGAGAAGGACUCCAGCUGUAUGGCAAGAGGGCGGCGUGGGAAGACCCGUCCAAGUGGGUGAGCGACACGUACCCGUGGCAAGCCGCUGCCCCCGUGCAGCCGCAGCAACAGCAGCAGCAGGACGGCCAGUCGUUGCUGCAGCUCAGGCCCGAGGACGUGGGCUACGACGGCUACAGCUCGUCCAAGGACGGGGCCUCGUCCAAGCAGGUGUCCCAGAGCGACACCGAGGGAGACCCCCUGAUGAACAUGCUGCUGAGGCUGCAGGAGGCGGCCAACUACUCCAGUGCGCAGAGCUGCGACAGCGACAGCGCCAGUCACCAUGACGACCACCUGGACUCCUCGCUGGAGUCGGCGCUCUGAAGCUCACUUGGCACAACCUACAGCGCAAAUACAUGACAGAUUUUGUGGUUUGGAUCAAAAUCAUCAGCGAUAUCAAAUGAAAUUGCGUUCACGGUCCUGAAUUCCUAUUUACAGGGCUUUUGGCGCCAUCUUGUGGCAGCCCAAGGCCUUUAUUUCAAUGGCGAGCCCAAUUGAAGUCAUCUUAUGCUACUUUCCUCCAUUUAUAGGAUGCGACUUCUCGUCUGAUUGCACAAAGUGUUUGGUCGGAAUUCAAAUGCUCGGCUCAGCGUCAGUCUUGUACUUCAUCUUUGGAACUGGAAGAUUUUUCUCUGUUUACAACCCGAGUAAGGAGGUGGCCAGGUACUCUUGUCGAUGUAUUUCUUUGUUUACAAAGGUGCUUUUCUCACAGGCAUUGGUCCAAAUAACCUUCCAAAAGGUCGCUCGCUCUUCCACCUCUGUGGUUCCUGAAGUCAAUUUCGUCCAAAUUCCUCCCGCUUUUUAACUCAUUCACUCCCAAAGACGUUUUUAAACGUCUUUUAAGACUUGGUCCGGAAAAGGCUGGUACUGAAUGAGUUAAGAUGUUUCCGAUGCCCUUCUGUGGCAGGCGGGGCUCUUAACGCGAGUAUUUAUCGGCCCGUCACCUCGCUGCCCUCGCAUGUCAACGACCGAUUCGCCACAUGACCCCACUGUGACGAAAAUACGUGCCAAGUGACGCACGCGGCUCGAUUUCCUCACUUUGUGACCGGUGCGGAUCAGUCGACGAAAUACGAUGCAGUCAGAUAAAACACCUUCACUAGGGAACAAUGAUAUUGGUGCUUUCCCGUUGCCUUAAGUGUGCAAACUGAUUUUUUUUUGGAGGGGGGGGGGUCCUCCUCCUGCUUCCAAUGACUUUAUAAUGACAAGAGAUUCAUACGGAUGCUUCCUGUUUUCCUUUUGAACAGGUUUAAAGUGCAAAAUCAAAGAGUUCAUGUUGUAUGUGAAUUCUAAACUGACCAUUAUCUAUAUAUAAGUAUAUAAGAUUUAAAGUUGUUGUUGUUUUUUUGUUUUUUUUCUUCUGCACCCAGUUGAGCUGGGCUCACUUGAACUGACAGGAGCACAACCAAAUGUUUGUUUGUUCCCCUUCUUUUUUUAAGCAUGCUUUUUAACAGGGGGUUGGGGGGGUCAUUGAGAAAGAGAUAUUUACCUUUAUGUACACACAAGUAUUGGACGGAAGCCAUUUUUGAUUGUCCUUUUAAAUGCGUGGGUUGGUUUUUGCACACUCGGGCGGGUUGUAAAUACUUCAGUCACCUUGCACAGGAAAUCAAAGAUGCAUUCGCCCGGUUGAUGUUACACGAACCUGCAGAAAGAAGAAAAAAGUAAAUUAUUGUUUAAAAAAAAAAAGUGUGCGUCUUGUGAUGUGUGUCAGUGCAGGAGGCACACGUUGUGUAGAUAGAAAAGUGUUCUCACUACAAAUCACAAAAGCUGCACUUUUCCAGUCGGCGGCUCCCAUUGUUGCCGUGAAAUCUUUUGAGUUGUCAUUCGAAUUUGGCCAGGCUGCCGAGGCGCCGCAGCUCACUCCACACCGUACUGUACAGAAAACACCCCGCAGGUGCUACCGGUCAGCCAAUGCCCACCCGAAAUUAACACAACCUCAGGACAAUGCCACCGUCUAGUCUGCAAUCCUAGCUGUUGUCAGCUUUUUGCGCCUCCGCAGCCCGGCCUUCCCGUUUCCAUACUCGCUGACCCCAGCGUACGCCAUCCGAUUCGGAGAUGUGUCAGUCCAAGCCCAUAGCAUUUACUCUCGUUUUGAGAUGCAAACAUUCUUUUCUUCUUUUCGGGUGAAACAUUUGUCUUUGAAUGUUUUAUAUUUUGUACAUUUGUAUGUAACAUAUCAUGUAAAUAGACAGAGACAGUGAUUUAACUCAUCUGGAGGAUUUUGUAGUCUUUGUAAAAGCUCUAAAAAUAAUAAUAAUAAUAAAUGGUAUUUGGUGUCACAAGCAAA